AUGGAAUUUUUUAUGCUUGAUAGGCCAGUGAGGUGCAGCAGAGCGCCAAUGCUAUAUGGCACAACAUCUCUGACUCCAUCAGAUAUCAAUAGUGGACCACCAAUUGGCAAUCAUCUUGCCAAAUUCGACUUGACCAGUUUACCACUAGAAAUCAUUGACAACAUACUAAUCAAUUUAUCUCAAUUUGACUUGUUGAGGUUGUGCCGAACUUGUUACAAAAUGCAUGAGUUGUGCAAUCCGUUUCUAUAUCAUCAUAUAAUUAUCGAUCCGCAAUUUAAUAUUUUUGCCAAUGAAUAUCGAUUGGCAGGUAGAACCUACAUUAAUAGCUCGUUCAAUUUGAAAAGAUUUAUCAAAACAUUCAACAAAACUUCCACUGAUAGCAACCAUGUAUACUCAAUUCAUUGCAAAAGUCUUCCUGAGUCACUAAACUUGCACGACCACCAAUUGAAACAAGGGUUAGUUCAAUUGUUUGGCAAAUUGCGUCACUUGAACAGUUUGAUUUGGUUGGACGAUCAGUUCAGUAUCGAGCUAUUAAAAUUGUUACCUCAAAAGCAUCUUUUAAACACACUUGUGCUUAAUUUGAACUUUUGCAGUCACUUGAUUGAUACUGAUGAAGAUGUUAAACGAGGAGAUAUUUCAAAAUUUAAUUUCCCUAAUUUGAUCAAUUUUCAAAUCAAGCCAUUCCAAAACUGGUCUAAAUUGAUUCAACUCAUUGACGUAAUACUCAUAAAUGUCAAUGAUGCGGGCCAAAUAAGCAAGCAGCUUCAAGAAUUGUCAUUUUCAGGUCAAUUUUUUGCCACCAAUGUGAUAGAAACAAUUUUUUUGGACACUAGUUUGCAGUAUCUUUCCAGCUUGACUUCACUUUCACUUAAUGACUCCACUGUGACUACUUUUGAUGCUAAAAAUUUAUCGCAAAUGGUUGAUUUGUCAAAGUUGAAAUUUUUACAAUUGAGACAAAUCAUUGAGAUGGGAUAUGAUGAAAACCUACAACGCUCAUUUCUUAUUCAACUUUCUUCUUCACUACUUUGCUUACGCCAUUUAUCGUUGGAAAUUGAAGAAUACAGAGAUACUAUUGCUGAGUUUCUUUUGUCAAUACCGCCAAAACUAACAUCACUUGAUAUCUUUUCAACCACAGAGCAGCCUAUUGAAUUAGCUCAAUCUAUUGCAAAGCACAACCAAUUAAAGAAAUUAUCAUGCAAGAUCUAUCUAUCUGCAGAUGACCGUUUAUACAAUGCUCCCCCUGAAUUUUACUCCGCUUUGAUUCCACUCAAUUUAACUAGUCUCCGAAUCUGUAGCACCGCAAAUAUACAGGGCCUAGUGAAUUUACUAUCAUCACAAAGGAAACUCAAGUAUUUGGAUAUAGUUGGUGCAAACCACGCUGGUGCACCAAACUUGGGCUUUGGCAUGGUUCAUCCGACAGUGUAUGAUGAAUGGUAUAAAGUGCAGCACGAGGUGUUGUUUUAUCUCAGCAGUAACUCAAACAUGGAGUAUAUUAGAUACGAUGAUUGCAUAUUCCAAUGUAAACCUGAUAUAUCUGUGAAUCCACGAGGGGAUUUAAAUACGUGGUUUGAGGAGCAAGUGAGGGUGUUUUGUACAUUGGGUUUACCAGAGAAGCGUAGACAUAGUUGGUAUCAAUAA